CCAAUCCUUCUUCCACAUCACAAAUCCCACAAAUCGGAUCUCCAGAAAGGAAAUCUCAAAACUCCCCAAAAAACCCAAACUUUUUUACACUUCAUUUUUACUUGCAAAAUCAGCUACCUGCUACAAAUGGCGAAAUCAAUGAAACUGGCGGGCCUCAAAUCCGUGGAAAACGCCCACGACGAGUCGGUUUGGACUGCAACAUGGGUUCCCGCCACCAACUCCCGCCCGCCCCUCCUCUUAACCGGCUCACUCGACGAAACCGUCAAGCUGUGGAGGCCCGACGAGCUCGAGCUCGUGCGCACCAACACCGGUCACUGCCUCGGCGUCGUUUCGGUGGCUGCCCAUCCUUCAGGUGUCAUCGCUGCCUCCGCCUCGCUCGACAGUUUGGUUCGCGUGUUUGACGUUGACACCAACGCCACUAUUGCCACUCUCGAAGCUCCGCCUUCCGAGGUCUGGCAAAUGCAAUUCGAUCCCGAGGGUACAACACUUGCUGUUGCUGGUGGGGGUAGUGCAUCAAUCAAGCUGUGGGACACUGCAACAUGGAGGUUGGUUUCAACUUUAUCAGUCCCUCGUCCUGAAGGACCGAAGCCCUCUGAUAAAAGCAGUAGCAAGAAGUUUGUACUAUCCGUUGCAUGGAGUCCUGAUGGACGACGACUUGCUUGUGGCUCAAUUGAUGGCACAAUUUCCAUUUUUGAUGUACCUCGUGCCAAAUUUCUACAUCACCUUGAAGGCCAUUACAUGCCGGUUAGGUCUCUUGUGUUUUCUCCUGAACCUGAUGGACGGAAGCUGUACUCAGCAUCUGAUGAUGGUCAUGUGCAUGUCUAUGAUGCUGAGGGGAAAGCUAUAAUUGGGGCAAUGUCAGGUCAUUCUAGCUGGGUGUUGAGUGUGGAUGUAAGCCCCGAUGGUGAGGCUAUUGCAACUGGCUCAAGUGACAAAACUGUAAGACUAUGGGAUUUUAAGAUGAGAGCAGCUAUACAGACAAUGAGUAAUCACACAGAUCAAGUCUGGGCUGUGGCGUUUCGACCUGGUGGAGGGGGUCGCCUUGCUAGUGUGUCAGAUGACAAGAGUAUAUCAUUGUAUCAUUGUUCCUGAAGUAUUGAUGACUUAUUGAAAUUAAAAACAUUAAGGAGCAUUUUCGUUACUUGAUGUUGCUACAUGUUUAGCUGUAUGAAACUUGGCUUUUGAUUUUGUGCUGUCUCGUUUUUUCAUUAAAAAGAGAAGUAAAAUUUUGGCAGACUUGCAUGGAGGAAGGUUCCUUUCAACCAUGAAGAAACCUGUCUUGUGAUUCGCUUUGUUAUUGUUUGGGAACAUCAUAAAUGUUAGGGCCACUAUUUAACUUAAUUUCUGGCUUUGUAUUUUGUUGUUACUUAGUGGUUUCAAUGAUGUUGUACAUAAACUUGACCGUGAAUUUGGAAAGUUUCAUUUCACAUUGUAAAUGGAAAUGGAAGAGACAAUUUUUCUGUA